ACAAGCACGGGCGGAGAGAGACGUGAUUGGCUCCGAGCGCGUGUGUCUCACCGCAAUAGGCUGCUGCGCCUGAGCUAAAGCGCUCAUCUCGCCCGCUUACGGGAUUCGAAUGCGCUCCCAAACACCGAGACCCGCCGCGUUUGGGAUAGCACCCAGGACUCUCCUCUCCACUCUCUCUCUCUCUCUCGUUUGUCUUCAUUACUACCCAUUGCUUGAUAGUUUUUUAUUAUUAUUAUUCUCCACCGCCGCCGCCGCCGCCGCCUGCAACUGUGCAGGUAGUAGACGGCAAUUCAAUACCCGUAGCGGCGAUAAAAUAAUAAGAAUAUUAUUAAUCGUAAUUAAUUUCCCGCAAAGCCUCGCGUGCGCGGGGUCCCUUGGCAAUUAAUUCGGGACCGAGUGUUGUGCGCUCUGGGCGAGUGCGCGACGGGGGAGCGUGAGAGGCAAGCAGAUAGAGAGAGAGAGCGAGCGAGUGCCAGAGGGAGAGAAACUCACCAUCCUUCACUGCGCUCCCGUUCCGACACGGGCUCCGGGCUCGCGUGAGACGAUGCGUUUCGCCCGUAAGUCACCCUCCCGAGGGGCCGUGGAGGAAUAAACAUCGAGAGCGAGGACGUCGCCUUGACCCGCGCGACAACCCUUCAAGCCACCGCCAUCCCAAGGAGCCGGCGGAGCAGAGUCCUCCAAGUGCACGGCGCCGCCGCUGAGAACGGGCCGGCGCUGUCCACGCACGCAGCUCGGCGGUCGAUCUUCACCGCGCGUCGUGCCCCGGCGCGCCCUGCCCCGGGGAAAUGGAUCCUCUCCUCGCCGCCCUCCUCUGCCUGUGCUGCCUGCGCUGCGCCGUCACGGCCGCCGCCGCCGCCGCCGCCACCGCCCAGGCCUCCGCCCACUCGUCGGCCCUGCGCUACUCAGUCCGCGAAGAGGAGCCGCCGGGGACGCUCGUGGGGAACCUGGCCCGCGACCUGGGCCUCACCGCCGCGCAACUGCACGCGCGCGGAUUCCGAGCGCUGCAGGGCACCAACGCCUCCGACUACCUCGUCGUGAGCGCCGACAGCGGCGAGGUGCGGGUGCGCGGGCGCCUCGACCGCGAGGCCGUGUGCCCCCGGGUGGCCGGCGACUCGGGCUGCGCCCUCCUGCUCGAGGCCGUCCUGGACCGGCCCAUGGAGCUGGCACGCGUCCACGUCGACGUGCUGGACGUCAACGACCACGCGCCGCGCUUCCCGGCCGAGAGCGCCCUCCUCGAGAUCACCGAGAGCGCCGCGGCCGGCACGCGGUUCCUGCUGGAGGGCGCCCACGACCCGGACGCAGGCGCCAACGCGCUGCGGCGCUACGCGAUGGAGCCCGACGACGGCGCCUUCGCCCUCGACGUGCAGCCGGCGGGCGGCGGCGGCGCCCGCGCGCCCGUGCUGGUGGUGCGCCGCGCGCUGGACCGCGAGCGCCAGGCCGUGCACACGUACGUGCUCACAGCGCUCGACGGAGGCCACCCGCCGCUGACCGGCACCACCCUGCUGACCGUGCGCGUCCUCGACUCCAACGACAACGCGCCCACGUUCGACCGGCCCGUGUACCAGGCGCGCGUGCCCGAGAACGCGCCCGUGGGCACGCCCGUCGUGCAGCUCAACGCGUCGGACCCGGACGAGGGCGCCAACGGGGAGGUGGUGUACGCGCUGGGGGCGCACGUGGCGCCACGCGUGCGUGACCUCUUCGCGGUGGACUCGCGCUCGGGCCGCGUCACGCUCAAGGGCGCCCUCGACUACGAGGAGGCCAACGCCUACGAGAUCUACGUGCAGGCGCGCGACCGGGGGCCCAACUCCAUCCCCGUGCACGGCGAGGUGCUCGUGCGCAUCCUCGAUGUGAACGACAACGCGCCCGACGUGCAGGUGCUCAUCCUCGGCCAGGGCGGCAGCGGCAGCAGCGGCGGCGGCACGGGCGGCGCGGCCGUCAUCGGCGUGUCCGAGGGGGUCCCGCCCGGCGCCUUCGUGGCCUUCGUCCGCGUGAAGGACCGCGACUCGGGCGCCAACGGGCGCGUGAGUUGCACGCUCGAGGGCGCGUCGGCCGUGGGGCCCGGCGCGGCGCUGCCGUUCGCCCUGCGCGCCUCGGACGGGGGCGAGGACUACACGCUGGUGACGGCGACGCAGCUGGACCGCGAGGCGGCCGCCGAGUACAACCUGACGGUGGUGGCGCGGGACAACGGCGUGCCGCCGCUCGUGUCGGUCAAGACGUUCACGGUGCGCGUCACGGACGAGAAUGACAACGCGCCGCGCUUCUCCCGCUCCGCCUACGAGCUGCACGUGCCCGAGAACAACAUCCCCGGCGCCUACAUCGGCUCGGUGAGCGCCAGCGACUCGGACGCGCAGCAGAACGCGCAGGUGGCCUAUUCCAUCGUGGACUCGCAGAUCGACGGCAUGUCGGUGUUCACCUACGUGUCCAUCAACCCGGCGAGCGGCGCCCUCUACGCCCUGCGUGCCUUCGACCACGAGCACGCGCGCCGGCUCGAGUUCCGCGUGCAGGCGCGCGACAACGGCGCGCCGCCUCUGCGCGGCGAGGCGGCCGUCGCGCUCGUCAUCGGCGACGUCAACGACAACGCGCCGGUUGUCGUCGCGCCGCCGCUCGACGCCAACGGCACGGCCGACGUGUACGUGGCGCCGGGCGCCCGCGCCGGGACGCUCGUCACGCAGGUGCGCGCGUCCGACGACGACGGCGCCGGCGGCGGCGACGUGGACGACGGCGGGGACGGCAACGAGAAUGCCCGGCUGAGCUACUCGAUCGCGCGCGGCAACGACCGUGGCCUCUUCCGGAUCGACGCCUCCAACGGGGACGUGCGCACGGCGCGGGCGCUGCCCUACGAGCACGCGCGGCACGAGCUGGCCAUCGCCGUGCGCGACGGGGGCGAGCCGGCCUUCACCGCCACGGCCACGGUGCGCGUGCUCGUCACGGACGCGCGUCCCGAGGGCCGGCUCCUGGGCAGCUCCGGCGACGACGUCGGCGGCAAUGGCGGGGGCGGCGCCGGCGGGGCGGACGGCGCCUUCACGACGUCGUUCAUCGUGAUCGUGGCGCUGGGCGCCGUGUCGUGCGUCCUGCUCGUGGCCAUGGUGAUGAUCGCGCUGCGCUGCAAGCGGGAGAACAAGGAGAUGCGCACCUACAACUGCCGCGCGGCCGCCGAGUCCAGCGCGCAGCCGAGCCCGCGCAAGAACGACGUGACGCUGGUGCGCAACGAGCUGGAGGCCGCCGCCUGCAGCAAGGCGGGCUCCGACGCCGACCUGGCGUCUGUCAUCGCGCUGCACACCUACGAGUACCAGUCGUUCCUGCCCUCGGAGGCGGCGGGCGGCACACGCGGCUCCGGGGACGCGCGCGGGGACGACGCCGCCGUGUACCGCAAGGCGCCCGCGCCCGCCUACGGCUCGUCGGCGGCGCCAGCGCCUCGCAAGCCCCUGCCGUGCCACGCUCUCAACGGUGUGUCUGGCCAGCCUGACCUGCUGCUAGGCGGCUUCACGCAGCCCGCCGCACAGAGGUCUCGCUUUUUCUUGGAGCCCAACAACCAUUUCAAUCGACAGCAGCAGCAGCAACAGCAGCAGCAGCAGUCGUCUAGAAGCCUGUCGUGCAAGGAGGCGGACCGGCUCAGCUUCAAGGACAGCGGGCAUGGGGACAGCGACCCGGGGGACAGCGACCAGGACACGACGCGAGGCUCCUACAGCGAGGUGGCGGCCAAGGAGACCGUCCCGCUGCAGCCACAGCGCGGCUGUACCGACGACGGCGCCGCCGCCGCAGCCGGGCCUCGGGAAGAGCAAGGUGACGGCGACGUCCACUCCAACUGCACUCCCGAGUGCAAGGUUCUGGGCCACUCGGACCGGUGCUGGAUGCCCGCCUUCAACGGAGCCGAGGGCAGGCCCGGCGGCGGCGCGUGCCAUGAGGGGGUCUACGUGGCCGUGGCGACGGGCGACGCCCCGGCGGGCGGCCCCCACCGCGACUUCCCCCGGCGCACGUUCUCCACGUUCGGCAAGGACGACUCGGACGGGGCGCCCACCCCGAGCCCCGGCGCCACCUCUCGGCCUUACCUCGCCUUCACCGGCCCCGCCGCGAACGCCUCCGGCUCGUCCGCCGAGCGGCCGCCGGUGCCGGGGUCGCGUCCAAACACGCUGCGUCUGGGCGCCGCUCCGUACGCCGCCGGCGCCGCCGCAAAGAGCCCCCCGCGGCACCCGAACGCCGACCACAACGGCAACAACGGCAACAACAACGGCAAGUCGACGACGACGCCCAGCGACGACAGCGACGGCAGCGCCUCGAUACCGUGCCAAGAGUGCGCCGGCCCGUCGGUACCCAACAAUGUCGCGCCGACGCCGCUGAACAACGCUCACCUCGCCCCGACGAGCCUGCCCUUCUCCGCCAGGCGGCUCGCUCCUAUACCGGAGCCCUCGUGCGCCGAACUGGAAGAGGCCGACGCCGAGCCUGCCAUGCUGGCCAGCCGGGAAAGGCACGGCACGCGAGGGGAGGGUCUGGACGCCACGCAGGUCGUGGCCGAGAUCGAACAGCUUCUAAGGGACUCUGCUUCCUGAAGAGCCGCGGCAGGUUACCUGUGCGCUGGACCCAGCAGCCGAGCGAGCGAGCGAGAGCGAGAGAGAGAAAGCCACGUGGCCAGCAAUGGGGGUGCAUCACCACCGGGGCGAUUGGCUGAUGUUUUACGGAACGUUUCCCAGAAAGGGUUGAGGAUGCCACACGCACAAGAAUGUGGAUAUAUUUGUGACACCCUGUGGGUUGAGGCACAACAAUGAUAAAAAUAAUAAUAACAACACUGUAAUAAAGAAUAUAUACGUGGUCGGGGGUGGGGGAGCAAUCAUCAUAACAAAAGGAGAAGGGGCGAACUUGAUUGGAUCUUUUUCACGGGCAGCACAAGACAGAAAGUAGCGUUCACACUGCGCUCAUCACUCGUUAUGGACACUGCUGAUUUGCGUGUCCAAAAUUGCCGUGAAUCGAACAAGUCGGGUCUGUGUCAUCGGAAAUGACUACUGCAGUCAGUGCUCUAAGACAGCAAGGAGACGAAUCUGAAAUUCUUGAAAGGGAGGAGGAAUAAAGAACCACAUUCCCUUGCCCCCAGUGUCAAUGUACUAUUAUAUAUGAGGUGGAAACCAAUAAACAUCAACUAAGUUUUGGUGUCAAAGGAGCCUGGAGCAGCUAACGGUACCGAAGGAAGCUGCUUCCUUGUUCUUUUUUUUUAUCACGUUCCAUUUCAUGCCACAUCCACACACACACGUACACAAAAGACACAAGAGGUUGCCAGUUCGAUCUCCCGGCACAGCAGAGAGGAAUCAAUGUGUGUGUGGGGCGGGGGGGGGGCAGGUUUCUACAAUGACCCCUGGCCUCUGCUGUCCACCCAGCCAGCAUAAAUUGUGGGUGCACCACCACAGUCAGUGGCAGGUCACAUGUUAGCGGGGGGGGGGGGGGAGGUAAAAUUGUGGGUGACCUCCCCCCCCCCCCACCUCUUCCAAGAUAUGCGGCCGGCGUAGGAAGAGUAGGCCAAGGGGCUCUCCAGAGCUCCCUCCGGUGGGGGUGCUGUUUUGCCAGCGCUUUGGUGCGACUGAAGAAAUUGCAGGGCUGCACUUUCACCUCCAUUUUUCACGCCACCAUCCACGUUUUACGAGUUACAUAUUUACAGUAUGUGUGUAGACCAAAGAAGAACCUAAUUCAAAUGGAGCUAGACAUUUCCAUUAACAUUUGUUUCAUGGCGAGGAGCCUAUUUAUUUCCUCUAUUUUGUUGUUUGUUGUUUGUCUUGGUCGAUGACAAUCUCAUUUCUAAAUUAAGGUAAUGGACACAGUACGAGAAAACGCGUAAGCACUUGGCUGAAGUACUAUCCAUCAAAAGGAAGACAUUACUGAGUUAACAGUAUUUUUGUGUCCUAAUGAGCAGAUUGUAUAGACAAGAGCGUCCCUCUAUAGGGAUGCCCACUACCUAUUAUAUUGUUUUUCAGUGAAAAACACACUGUAUCGCAACGGCAGGGAAUCGUGGAGAUGUCUUACAGGAUUAUCGCUCCCAAUGGACAGAUGGACAUCACAUGUUAAGAAGAAGAAGAACAGAAAAAAACAACCCGUCCAUCGGUACUGAAUUUUUUUCUAUUUCACAACUUGUGGUGACCUUUUGGACUCAAGAUGUGCUCUCUGUGUGAUAUAUACUGUAUUAAACUUCAUCCUGCGGUAAAUAGGCAUCGUUCAAGCUGUGACUGUCAAUAGCUUCGUGUGAUAAGUCGGCGGAUGGUACACAUUAAAACAAAAAAAAACAUUUCGCUAAUAGCUGCUUCUCUUCUUUGGGAUAGUGGGUGUUUGCGACUCAUUUUAAAUUAUGUGUUGCAUACGAUCACAUUUCUCAGCUUAGACCAGGAGGAGAGGGCAUCAUGAGUGCAUAACUUUGAUCAAUGUCAUGUGCCAAGCAAGCCUGCCCAAUGGUGCAAGGUACGGACGAGGAGGCUUCUAUUUACUGGCAGUUGUACACAACAGAGUGGUUCGCUUUGUGAUGUUUUUCAUGAAUUCCCAAAAUAAGCAUUGCUGCAUAGCCGUAGUGUCCCAGUGUACAAUUAACACACUUAUUAUAGGUGACGUCGUAUACCCCCCCUCCCUCCCCCCGAUUGCCUACGUAACUGUUGUUUUACUUUUGUGUAAAUGGACACUGUACUUUUACAUAGAUUAUGAUGGGAUACAUCUACAAAAAUGAAUUAUUUUUUUCAGACUUUUUGUUUGCUGUUCCCACCCUUUAAAAAAAAGGAAUAAAGAUAUGAUUUUAAUCAACCAAACUUUAAAAAGUUGACUCAAUAAACAAAAAGUCUAAAAUGUG